UCAUCUUAUUCUCUACAAAAUGUCAUGAGAUUCAGUGAUUAUGCACAUUUCUUCAUUUAUUUUCUGGUUUCAGAAUGAAUUUAAAACAUUUUUGACAGCUGCUGGACAUAAACUCGCAGUGGUUGAAUUUUCUUCAACAUGGUGUGGUCCCUGCAAAAGAAUGUGCCCUAUUUUUCAUGCAAUGUCUGUGAAAUACCAGAAUGUAUUUUUUGCUAAUGUGGAUGUGAACAAUUCUCCGGAGCUGGCUGAAACUUGUCACAUCAGAAGAAUACCCACAUUUCAGAUGUUCAAGAAAAGCCAGAAGGUAACCCUUUUCUCAAGAAUCAAAAGAAUAAUUUGCUGUUACAGAAGUGGUGUCAUGAGCAAUCCGAUUUUUGAAUUUUGUGGAGCUGAUGCUAAAAUAUUGGAAGCCAAGAUUCAAGAAUUAAUGUAAGCUGAUCUCCAAGACAAAAUAUACUUGUGACAUUUUAAAAG